CUCUUGUGUCUCUCUCUCUCUAGAUUUUCUCUUUCCCUCUCCCUUUCCCCCUCUCUCUAUAUCGACGCGUAUCAAUCUAUACCGACAUACGCACGGAGGCGUGUUCUUCUUCUCCAGCGGUGUUGGUUUCAAAUCCAUGCGAAUUCAAAUUUGUAAUGUGAGUUAGAAGAAGGGAUAAGGCUUGGGGUUGUUGGUCAGGAAGUGAAGUUAGGGUUUUUGGCUUUGCGGAACACGGAGAGCCUUUUGCUUUUGCGUUUGGCUGUUGAUUUCUCGAUCGAUCUGGAGAUGGAUUCGAAAGAUUCGCCGUCGUCUUCGUCUGCGCUAGUGGUCGCCAACAGGGACGCCCCGCCGGCGGAGGACGAUGUCGUGCUGUCCGUAGUCGCGAGGGAUGCCGGCGCGGCCUUCCACUCGGGGAAGUUUGCGGAAUGUAUGGAUUUGCUGAACCAGCUAUUGCAGAAGAAAGAGGACGAUCCCAAGGUUCUUCACAAUGUUGCUAUUGCAAGGUACUUUCAUGAUGGUUGUUCAGAUCCUCAGAAGUUAAUAGAAGUUCUUACCAAUAUUAAGAAACGAAGUGAUGAGCUGGCUUUUGCAUCUGGAGAACAUGCAGAUGCUGUUAGCAGUGUAGAGAGUGAUACUCUGUCUGGAUCUAAAGGAACUGACUUGGCUCAUUCUAAUAGUUCAAUUACUGUUUACAACGAUUUGGACACUUCUGUGUUGAUGCUAAAUAUGGCGGUUAUCUGGUUUCAUCUUCAUAAAUAUGCGAAGGCAUACCCAAUUCUGGACUCUUUGUAUCAAAAGAUUGAACCAAUAGAUGAGGCAACAGCUCUUCGUAUUUGCCUUCUAUAUCUGGAUGUUGCAUUUGCUUCUGAGGAUCUGUGGAAAUUUAUUGAUGUAAUUAAUUAUGUGGAGAGAGCCUAUUGUGUCAGCAAUGUGGUCAGUCAAAGUGACAGUGGAGCCUCUAUGCAGCAACAGUCUUCCAACCUAGUGGCAAAAUCUUCUUCAUUUCCAAACAACCCAACUGCCACAGAUGCUUCUGUUACUGAUUCAGUUGCUACCGCCAAUGUGUCUGAAGGUCUAUCUAGAACUUUGUCAGAGGAGAACCUUGAAACUUUAAUUUCAACGAUUGACAUGAGUGGACAGACCUUAUCAAGACCAUCAGGCCUCCAGCCCUCAAAUGACCUUUCAAGGAUCCCAGCUGAUCAUUCCAUUACAACCAGUGAUCUCAGACUCAAAUUGCACCUUUACAAGGUUCGGCUUCUGCUGCUUACUAGGAAUCUAAAGGCAGCCAAGCGUGAAGUUAAGACAGUUAUGGCUAUGAAUGUAGCACAUGGGAAAGAUUCUUCCAUGGCUCUCCACUUGAAGUCCCAGCUUGAGUAUGCUCGAGGGAACUACCGUAAAGCAAUCAAGCUCUUGAUGGCCUCAAGUAAUCGAACAGAAACUGGAAUCUUAAGCAUAUUCAAUAACAAUCUGGGGUGCAUCUAUUAUCGACUUGGGAAAUAUCACUCAUCAGCUGUAUUCUUCUCCAAGGCUCUGAGUAACCGUUCAUUGCUUAGGCAGGAAAAGCCUUUAAAGCUCUCAACUGUUUCACAGGACAAAUCUCUCCAAAUAACAUACAACUGUGGGGUGCAGUACCUGGCUUGUGGGAAACCAUUACUUGCUGCUCGCUGUUUCUACAAGGCCAGUUUAAUUUUUUACAAGUGGCCUCUCUUGUGGCUGCGAAUUGCUGAAUGUUGUAUAAUGGCUCUAGAGAAGGGACUUCUGAAAUCCAAUUCAGCCCAAUCUAAUAGAUCAGAGGUUAAAGUUCAUGUUGUUGGACAGGGACAAGGGAGGCAUCUCGCUAUUAGAGACGGUAUUUCAGCUAACACAGAGGUGGAUUUUGUUGGAAAGUAUGAUUGGCCUUUGUGGGAUGAUAAGCAGCCAAAUCUCUCAUUGAUCCUUGCCCGUCAAUGCCUGCUCAAUGCCCUGCACUUGUUGGACUGUUCAGAAACAAAAUAUUUGAAAUCUGGUUUGCUUCAUAGUUCAGCCUCACAGGAAAAUGAAUCAAAAGAGACAGCGUCCUCUAAGGUUGCUAGUUACAAGAAUGUAUCUGGUGGUGAUUCUAAGGCAUCCAAUCUGAUGGUUGGCUCUGGUCAAGGUAACGCAAAUGGAGAUGCCAAAGAGCAAAAAAGUGGAAAUAGUCCUAAUGCCACCUUACAGAGCUCCAUAUUGGACUACGAGGAUAUUUGUAGAAGACAGAAUCAGAAGAUCAAGCAAGCUGUUCUGGCUGACUUGGCAUAUGUAGAGCUAGCAUUAGAGAACCCUGUGAAGGCCCUGGCAGCAUCACGAUCACUCUUAGAGCUACCAGAACAUUCGAAAAUAUACACCUUCCUUGGCAACAUAUACGCGGCUGAAUCUCUGUGUCUUCUAAACCGGCCAAAGGAAGCUGCAGAGCAUUUGUUAAGCUAUUUGUCUGGCGGAAGCAAUGUUGAACUGCCAUACAGUGAAGAGGACCGUGAAGAAUGGCGCGCUGAGAAAAGUAUUGAUUCUGAAGAGCCAAAUAAUGGGUUACUGUCUGCCAAGAACAACUCUUCACUUGACGAGGCGCAAGAUUUUGUGAUUUUAAAUCCCGAAGAGGCCCGUGGUGCUCUUUGUGCAGACCUAGCUGUGAUGUUUGCGAUGCAGGAGGAUCUUGAGCAGGCUCAGCAUUUCGUGGCACAAGCUUUAUCCAGCAUUCCCCGCAGUCCAGAAGCUAUUCUCACAGCUAUUUUUGUGGAUCUCGUGGCUGGGAAGACGAAAGAAGCAGUCUCCAAGAUGAAACAGUAUGGUCGCUUCACAUUCCUGCCCAGCGAUACAACGGCCAAAAGCUCUUCUUGUUGAUGUGUUGUCUCAGUGAGCUUUUAGUUUGUGGUACUCCAGCGCCCACCCCUUUGUUAGGUUACAGGUCCAAACGUCCAUUUUAGGAGCAUUUGUAACAUAUAUAUAGUUUUCAGCCCAAAGAAUAAGAUUUUCUUUUUUUUAAUUUCCUUUUUUAACAUUUUCAUCUUCUGGAAAUUUUCAUCUGUAGGGUGUAACUGGUGGCGUGGCUGAAAAUAUUUUGUUCGUCACAAAAAAAAUGCCCACCCAUAAGGUCUGAGGUGUAGUUCUGAUUCCAGAUUAUUUUGUUUUAGUGGCUAAUUGGGUUGGCAUUCAAGGUUAUAGAUUUUCUCGAGAAAAAUUGACUCUGAAGGAAAUUUGCUCCUAGGUGUCAGUCAAAUUCAAGGACGUUCCUUCUCCAA